GCGCGCGGACACACACACGCAAAUACACACGCGCAUACACACACACGUCUCCAAACCACUAUGUAAAUGUACGCCAGUAUGUGAAGCCUCUGCUUUACAAGAGUCCGAAAACUUUUGCAUAAUUCACUUAACCGGCUAGUCAAUGCUGCGCAACUUUUCUGGAUAUUAUUUCUGAAGACUUCUCUUGAGUUUUUUUUUAUUAAUUGGCUCAGACGGCUUUAUAUGGACUGAGAUGUUGCAAUGCUCCGCAGGACAGUAUCGAGUAUAUGUUGGCUUUGGUUUCUGCACUUCAGUGUGUUAAUAUGGAGAGUUGAGUGCGCCAGUGCGCAAAGCUGUCAUGAAGUAAAAACCGCUUUCCAGCUGCGCCAUGUAGGAUCAUUAAAAUUGGUCCCGGAGACUGCAGCAACAGAUGCAGAUCUUCUCAUCUGUAAACAUCAAGGUCCUACAUGUUGCACUCGCAUGAUGGAGAAGGCCUAUUACAAAGCUGCCCAGAGGGACACCAUCCAGAACAUUAAAUCCUAUAGCGUUGAACUCAAAUAUCUCCUCCUGGCCCAUGCAUCAUCCUUCCAAGAUUCCUUUAAUUCCCUGCUCUCCUUAAGUCUCAAUCACACCCAGUCCCUUUUCGACAGCGCCUACAAGCCGAUCUCUGAAGACGCCCGACCCUUGCUCUCCGAACUCUUCGCUGAUCUUGGCUUCUACCUCCGUGGCGAUGCCAACGUCUCCGUGGAAGGCUCCGUCCACCGUUUCUACGACCAACUUUUCCCGUUGGUCUAUCAGCACCUGAUCAAUCCCGGUUUAGGUUCCCCCGUUUCUCCCUGGUCCACUGAAGGAAGCGAUUGCCUGCGUGCCACAAGGCACGACGUUAACCCCUUCGGUCAUCACCCCCAUGCCCUGUCUCAGGGUCUGUCCAUUGCACUGGCAGCAGGCCGUGCCCUCAGUCGAACGGUGGAGAUGGGCACCGAGAUGUUCCAAGCCAUAGAUAUGGUGGAAUUGGCCAGGCAAUGCGGGCAGGCGUUGGUUAGGAUGCAGUUCUGCCCGCACUGUCGUGGACUGACCCUGAUCCAGCCGUGUAAGGGGCUGUGCUUUAAUGUGAUGCGGGGUUGCCUGGCGGGACUGGCCGAGCUGGACAGGCCGUGGCGACGGUACGUGGAGUUGCUGGAGAAGCUGAGCGGAGCGCUGACGGGGAAAUACGAGAUGGAGCGGACGCUACUGUACAUUCGAGAGAGGAUCAACGAUGCCAUACUCAACGCACAACUGAGCGGCCCGCGUCUGAGCGCCGUGGUUGGCAAAGUUUGCGGUCCCCUGACUAAUCCUGGUUCCUCGACUCCCAUCAGUCUCACUUCAAAAACUCCUCAGAGUCCUUUAGUGAACCCCACAGUCGAGCUCCAAACCUCGGUCACAUCCUCCAGCCCCACAACAUCACCUGAUACAGACAACCUACGUCAGCGUAUCACACUUACAAAAAUGUCUUUUCCGCUGAAGCCGUCCAAAAAUGAGAAAAUACAAAUUCUGAGAAAGAUGUCAAAGGAGUUUAUGGGUUAUAUUCAGAGGUACAAGCAGUUCUUUUCCACCCUUCCUGAGAUGCUAUGCGAGGGUCAGGUGGAGAUCGCCGAAAACACUUGCUGGAGUGGAGAAGACGUGGUGGAGAGUUACACAGGUCGGGUGGUUGGAAAUGGACUGCAGGCCCAGAGACACAACCCAGAGAUAAAGGUCAAAAUUGCACAUCCGAAACUGGUCAACAUUAAGGAAAAGCUAGAGCGUUUCAACCAGGAGAUGAGAGGUGAGACGGGUUUCGGAACAGAUGGUCGCGGAGAAGACGAGACGGGCAGCGGUGACCCGCCAGAAGGAAGUGGCGAAUGCGAUGACGAAGACAGCUGUCCAGAAUCGGGCGACGAAAAAAGUGAGACAGUUUUAGACAAAACCCAGACACGAGAUGUCAUGACCCCAAAUCAGCAGCCAGACUCCAGACCUAAACCAGGCACUUCAACAGGAGACGCUCCGACCAUCUCGGCGAUCCGAAUUCUUCCUCUGUUAUCCAUAAUGCUGCUCUUCCUCUCGUCCGAUGCUGUCUGAUGCUCACCGUGCAAAGCAAAGCACAGACCUACAGGAGUGAAAAAGACAGAUUUGCACUCAAGUAGUUCACACGGUUUCCCAGAAUGUGACUGUUCAUGUUGCCCGUUCAAAAAUCACUGUUUUCCAUACCGUUUAUUGGCUCUGUCCUGUUGUAAAGGGUUUUAUGUAGCUACUAAGUAGUGUACUGUUAUGUACAGCACGUGCGAUUGAGAAUAUUGUCACCUUGACAUUUAUGUUUCUUUGUAAUACUUCAUACUAUAUGACUUCUGCUUCAAAUCAUCAUCCAAGUAUUGGAUUUAAUAUCGUCUAGUUGAGUUUUACAAUAACCCACAUCACGUCCUGAAGUCAUAGGUGAUGGUGGAAAGGCUGCAUGUGCGUAUCUGUGUGGAAAUAUAUUUUGAGGACAAAUGAGGAUUUUAAAUAUUUUAUCAGUAAGAAAUGCAUGGGUGAUUUUUCUUGAAAAAUUUAAGUAAACAGAAUUUUGCAUAAAGAAAAUUAAGAACUAUUAAAAAAAUAUUAUUUUAUUGUAAUGUCAAUUAUACCCCUUAAAGGAUUAGUCCACUUUAAAGAUGGGGCCCAUUGACUUACCAUAGUAUUUUUAUGUCCUACUAUAAAAAGUAAAUGGACCCCAUCUUUAAAGUGGACUACUCCUUUAAUUUUGUACUGUACUGUAAAACAGACAUUUAUCCAUUUAUCCUAUAUUAAACUCAUCUAUCUCUCCAUCCAUCCAUCCAUCUAUCGUAAUAUAAAUUUAGAAACCGAUAUAACAGUAUAUUGUUCUGCAUUACAAAUUGUCACAUACCCAAAAAUCAUUUUUUAUUGAACGCAGUGAAAAUGAUUCUUGAGUGAUAUUUCUGGGUUCAAACUACCCAGACAUUCACACUUUUUUUUGUGCAAUAGCAAGUUUGUUUUUAAAGUCAAAAUGUACAUUAACAUAUUUAUACGGAAAUGUAUACAAGUGUGUGUAUAUACUAUAGCUAAGUUGUUCAUAACAAUUUAAAACGAUAUAAAUAGGAUUUAAUUGUCUUCUUGAAUAUAUCCCUAUUUAGCAAUAUAAAGCUUACAACAUUGCAUAAUGGUGACAUUUUAAUCUUCGACACGCAACAUUUCCCCAUUUUUAAAGGUGCAGUGUGUACAUUUUAGCUGCAUCUAGUGGUGUAGUGCUGGUGAAUUGCAACCAAUGGCUCAGUCCAGUGAUGCGCGGGUUAAUGUAUAAACAACCCACUCCCGACCGACGUUUUCAACAAACCAGCCCGCAACUCGGACUGCAAAAAAAAAUAUAUAUAUAUAUAUAUACAUAUAUAUAUAUAUAUAUAUAUAUAUAUAUAUAUAUAUAUAUAUAUAUAUAUAUAUAUAUAUAUAUAUAUAUAUAUAUAUAUAUAUAUAUAGUACCCGACCUGCCCUCUUGCCCGCAUUUUUUAAAAGUAUUAAUUGUUAAAAAUAGUUAAUUGACAUCUUUUUUUCAAACAACCCGACCGACCGCGACUCGCAUAUCAUUAAAAAUAUUUUCAGAUCAACCCGCGCAUCACUGCAUCACUGGCUCAGUCCACUGCUUACCACUCGUUUUUUAUCACAUAGAGAAGCUACGGACAAAACAGAUCAUCAAAGACAUUACAGACAGAUUAAGGGCUUCUGUAAAAAACAUGGCGGCACAAAAUGGCGACUUCCAUGUAAGGGGACCCUCGGUAUAUGUAGAUGAAAACAUCUCAUUCUACGGUAAUAACCACAUAACGGUUCAUUAUAAAAGGUCUUUAUACACUCCUGAUAAUAUAGUUUUGUAUAUUAUUUUGUAUUUCUGUAAAGAGAUCCUUUUAAAAAUUACACACUGGACCUUUAAAUAUUUGACAGUGUUAUGACAUCACAGUCUUAAAGUUUGGUUUAUAUUCAUUCACGUCACAUUUCCAGCCCUAACUGUGCUAUAUGUCAUUUGUUAAUGCAAAAGCUCACACAUAAAUCACAAAUAAAAAAAUG